UUUACAACUUGAAGGACUGUCUUUAUAUUAUAUUUGCUAGUCUACCAUUAAAGAUGAUAGCUGUUACCUCGGCCACUACUCUCUUUUCAAUACUCAUUUUAAGUCCUUCCAUCGCAAUUAUAAACGAGAAAAAUAGCUGGAACAACUUUCUUUCUUCUAUCUUUCAUCACUUAAAGUGGAAAUUCGUAAUAUUUCUAGUGGAAAACCGCACAGAUAUUAAGGAAGAAAUCAUCGUCCAGCUUCACGACAGCCAUAAAUCCUCAGUUGUGAUAUCUGUGGCGAGAGAGGGAUUAGUACAGGUGCCAACGUCUCUCGACUUUUUAUACGAAGAAGAAAAAAGCAUUAAAGCUGUGGUCGACGUUAAUUUAGGAACUUUUAAGACAUUUUUACGUAAGAUAAAUAAACAUCCGAUGCUGUGGUCUUCGGAUUCUUACUGGUUAAUAAAAUCGGAAAAUUUAUGGUUUCUGAAGGACAGGAAUUUUUCUAAUUUGAUAAAUAAAGAGAUAAAUAUUGCCUUUACGGUAUUUAAUAACACGAAAGAGACUUUUCUUAUUUACUCGUUGAACUGCGAAGAAAACGUUGGACCGUUAUCGUUUAAUGUUAUCGACUGGAACAAGAAUGCAUCCAACGAAAAGUCAAUAUUUUACAAAAAGCCUAGAUAUGUUAAGGAUUUGAAAGGCAAAAAGUUCAAAUUUGCUUUAGAGAAGCAUUUUCCUUUUUAUUUGCCUCCCAAAAACAUAAAAUUCCCUAAACCAAGUGGAAUUGAUAUUUAUCUUUUGGAUAUUUUAAGUCGCCGUUUGAAUUUUAGUUACGAUAUUGUUAGACCGGCCGAUAAAAAAUGGGGAUCUAAACACAACGGAACUUGGAAUGGAAUGAUUGGUAUGAUAGAGAAACAGGAAGUGCGGGGAGCAUUAGGAGGCAUGUCUGUAAUUGCUAGUAGGGUGGAAGUGGCGGAUUUUAGUAAAUCCUACGCCUUCGAUCGAAUCGCUUUUGUGAUUCGAUCACCAGAAGAAACAAGUCGUAAAUGGGUUAUUUUUCGUCCUUUCACUUGGGAUGUGUGGUUAGCUGUAACAAUAGCAAUUUUAGUAGUGGCAAUUUGUUUGUUCGUAAUAGAAAACAUCAUUUGGCAUUCGGCAGAAAUUUAUAAGAGCAGAUACGACGUGAAAUUGAAAAAUCUGAAAAUAGUUAAAGCCAUUCUGCUAAUUUACAAAUCCGUAGUAUAUCAAGAUUGCUACGAUCCAACGAGCAAUUCCGGAAGGGUUCUAAUUGUUUUUUGGUGGAUAUUUGUCAUUACACUAAUAGCUGGAUACUCUGGAACUCUAGUCUCUUUUAUGGCAAAUCCCGGAAGAGAAACCCCAGUAGAUACAAUAUCCAAGCUGGUAUCAGUCCUUAAAUCUGGGCAGUUUUCUUGUGGGACCAUUAGUGAUUCAGCUAGUCAUGAGAUUUUUCGAUUUAAGACAUUUUUACGUAAGAUAAAUAAACAUCCGAUGCUGUGGUCUUCGGAUUCUUACUGGUUAAUAAAAUCGGAAAAUUUAUGGUUUCUGAAGGACAGGAAUUUUUCUAAUUUGAUAAAUAAAGAGAUAAAUAUUGCCUUUACGGUAUUUAAUAACACGAAAGAGACUUUUCUUAUUUACUCGUUGAACUGCGAAGAAAACGUUGGACCGUUAUCGUUUAAUGUUAUCGACUGGAACAAGAAUGCAUCCAACGAAAAGUCAAUAUUUUACAAAAAGCCUAGAUAUGUUAAGGAUUUGAAAGGCAAAAAGUUCAAAUUUGCUUUAGAGAAGCAUUUUCCUUUUUAUUUGCCUCCCAAAAACAUAAAAUUCCCUAAACCAAGUGGAAUUGAUAUUUAUCUUUUGGAUAUUUUAAGUCGCCGUUUGAAUUUUAGUUACGAUAUUGUUAGACCGGCCGAUAAAAAAUGGGGAUCUAAACACAACGGAACUUGGAAUGGAAUGAUUGGUAUGAUAGAGAAACAGGAAGUGCGGGGAGCAUUAGGAGGCAUGUCUGUAAUUGCUAGUAGGGUGGAAGUGGCGGAUUUUAGUAAAUCCUACGCCUUCGAUCGAAUCGCUUUUGUGAUUCGAUCACCAGAAGAAACAAGUCGUAAAUGGGUUAUUUUUCGUCCUUUCACUUGGGAUUAUAAUGCGUUUGAGAUAUACGGGCAUCAUCGAUCGUAAAAUUCAGAAAUAUAUCGAAGAG